AGUUCGUUUAUCAAGUAUCGAGGAAACGCCAAACACAGGAGAGACUUCGUGAGGACAGCAGUGAUCUAGAGGAGCACGAAGAUGACUCGGUGACACAGGUAGUCUGAUCAGCAUGUGUACCAGAUGGUGGCAGUAAUGGUGCUGUAAGGUGUUUCACAACCACUGAAAUAAAACAUCAAGAAGAAAUAAAAAGAGGAAGAAGAGAAAUGUCGGAGAAAAACAGAAGGAUCUGUAAAGCUGCUCCAGCUCCACCAGAUGGGAAAGUUAAUGGUGGAGCAGCACCGAACAGAUCCUACAGUGUGGAGCUGUGCGUCCAUGGACGAAAUGAAACCCCCAUUGGUCAAGAUGACCCCAUUAAUACCAUCAACACCACCAGUGAUUAUUAUGCACCGAGACGCUCCAAUGGAAAAGGGAGGAGGAAGAGGAGGAUUCCCGUUCCCGUGGCGGCGCAGCUGUCCUGGUGUUUUCUGUGUGACGAUGUCGUGGUGGAUCCAGUCUCAACCGAGUGUGGCCACCGGUUCUGCAGAAAGUGCAUCACCUCGCACUGGGAGAAGAACGUUUCAUCAGAAGAAAGCUCCUGUCCCGAGUGUGCAGCAGCUAAAGCCGUGACCAAACCUGCACCGCAGCAAGAGAGCACUGGCAGCGUCGUACACUUGAAAGUUGGUUUCCGGGAGCCGAGGAAGGAACCUAAGGAGCCAAAGAUCGGUAUGAGAUGGAGUUGCUCAAACGUCACAGAAGGAGCUGAGGAGGGAGGAGGAAAUAAAACCCUCCUCAACAACAUCUUCACUGAGCUCUACAUCACAGAGGGACGCAGUGAAGAGAUUGAAAUCCAACCUGAGGGGAGCCAGACCGAGAUGCCUUUCAAGAAACCAAGACGUAAUAAUAGACCAAUCCGGUGCCAUGAUAUCUUUAGAGCCUUUCCUAAUCGACCUAAAAAAAUCCGAGUGGUUGUGACGAAAGGCCUCGCUGGCGGUGGGAAAUCCUUCUUAUUGCAGAAGUUCACUCUGGACUGGGCCGAGGGUUUGGAAAACCAGCAUCUCACGCUGGUGAUUCUGUUUGCGGUCAGGGAGCUGAACAUAGUCAAAGAUAAGGAGUACUGUUUUCUGACGCUGAUCCAUGAUUUCCAUCCAUUAUUAAACAAAGUCACGCCACAGAAGCUUGCCGACUGCAGAGUUUUGUUCGUCUUUGAUGGCCUAGAGGAAAACGAACUUUCACUGGAUUUCGAGAACGCGGAGGUUGUGACCGAUGUCAUGGAGACGACGUCGGUCAGUGGGCUGCUGGUAAACCUCAUCAAGGGGAAUUUACUUCCCUCGUCUCUCGUCUGGAUAACUUCCCGACCUUCCGCAGUCGGACAGAUCCCUCUUAAAUACAUUGACAGACUGCUGGAAAUACAAGGCUUCACCGAUGGCAAGAAGGAAGAGUACUUCAAGAGGAAAUUCCCCGAUGAAGACAUGUACAGCAGAGUCAUGACAUACAUCAAGUCAUCCAGGAGCCUCCACCUCAUGUGUCACAUCCCAGUCUUCUGCUGGAUCACGUCGACAGUUCUGAAGGACAUAUUCGGUCCGAACGAGAAAGGAGAGCCGCCCAGGACCAUCACUGACAUGUACUCGCGCUUCCUGCUGAUUCAGACGAGGAGGAAUAAGGAGAGGCCUCCGAACGCGAGGGAGACAUGUCCACAGGAGCUGAUGGAGGCCGACAAGGAAGCUCUUCUGAAGCUGGCGAGGGUGGCGUUUGAUCAGUUGGAUAAUCCACCCAUCACGGAAGAAUAAGAAGACCCCGAAGCUGAUGUUGAUGUCACAGAACCGUCAGUGGUUCCAGGAGUUUGUACAUAAAUCUUCACUUUCCACAGCUUUGCUCGUCUGCACAAUCAAGAGUUUCUGGCUGCAGUUUGCACGUAUCACUGCUCAUUCCUGAGAGACUUGGACAAAUCUCACAAAAGUGUAAAUGUAAAUGCUCGCUUCCUUCAUGAACUCUCUCGGGAGUCCAAUUAGACUCUUAGGAGGCCUGCUGGGUCAGACGGAGAACAGUCCACAAAUCAUCCAGAGAGUCCUCAACAACCUGAAGGAGAUGACCUAUAGCCUCGUUUCCACUAAAAGGCCCAUUUAUGCUCAACAACGUAAGUCAGUUUCAAACGAUGUUACCGUCACUGCUCACAUACUUCCAUGCGUCCUUUACAUUGGCAUGGAUGUUAACCAAUACGUCCACCAGGGGGCAGCACAGAGUCAAAAUCAAA